GUAACUAACCCUCGCCUUCUUUGUUUUUAGGUUCUCGUGCACCAUCACGGCGCUACGCGCAUCUUUCUUUCCUAUAUAUUUUUUCUCCCAGCUGUUCUGCUUUCUCUUCUCUUUUCCGUUUUAACUUCUCAAGGUGCUCUGAAAUACACUUCAGCAAGCAUUGUGAUGAACGUGUUCUUUGGGGCCUUUUUUGGCCAGCGAAGGAAGUCGGACGAGCCGAUGAAGCCCGUUGUGGAUCCGGCCACCAUCGUAGAGCCUGUCGACUUCUUCGGCCCCGCCUUUCCCUACGAGCAAGGCUUCAAGGAGAUCGAUGCGUACAUCCGCACGUUGCCGGCGAAGGGCUACGUGCCGGUGUCGGACAUCCUGCGCCUGCAGUUCUACUCUCUCUACAAGCAGGCGACGCUGGGCGACAUUGACGAGAGUAAAGUGAAGCAGCCGAGUCUGUUCCGCGACUGGGAGGGGUACUGGAAGGUGGUCGGGUGGCGCAAGUGCAAAGGGAUGCCGCGGGAGCGUGCACGCGACUUCUACAUCGAGCUCUUCGACGCGCAGGUUAGGAAGCACUCGAAGGUGAAGUGGGGCGCGCCGCUGGCAGAAGAUCGCUGGGCCGCGUUCUACGACGGCGUGCAGCGGAUUCAGAAUCUGCCCAAGAACGGCUACAACAUCUCCGACCAGCUCCGCGCUCACGUGUACGCCAUGUUCAAGCAGGCGACUGUUGGUGACCUGAAGGCUUUUCAGAAGAGUGAGGCGGCGCGUGCGAGCAGGUACAAGUGGCUGCGCUCGCGCCCAACGAAGGCCGGCUUCGACCAGUUCCGCUACGACGAGUGGCUGAAGCUGGCGGGGAUGUCCACCGAGCACGCAAAGCGGCUCUACUGCAAGGAGCUGUUCCACGAAGCCGCCCUGUACGGCUACGUCUGGGACCCGCCGGGCACGGAGGGCCACCUCGAGGUCAUCGGCGACCAGACCUCUGCAAAGAACUUCAAGCGCAUCGACAGCGAGACGCUGAGGCGGCGGCUGUGGAUCGAGCACCCGUCGAACGACGCGGACGCUCCGCUGGCAGAGAUUGAGGGGGCGGGCGUGAAGCUGUCGGGGGUGGAGAAGGUUGCCUUGAAGAAGUUCCUCUUUAAGGAAAGGAAGGUGCUGGACAGCAAGGCGGGCGACCCCAACAAGAAAACAGCGAAGUCGAAGGAGGUCGCGGCAGAAGCGCUGGCGAUUUAUAUGCCGGGGAAAGCAGAAACAUGCAGCAUCGCGUCUGACAAGUUCGUCGACCCGAACGAGGCAGUGGAGCUUUUGUCCGUGCCUUCGGUUGCUGCGGAUGCCGGGAAGGAGCCGAAAGGGGCGGACAGCGAGGAGGCCGGCGAAGAAGAAAACGGCAAGUCGCUUUCGGCCGAGGAGGGAAAGUCCGCUAGCAAGCCGGACACGCCGGCGAAGACAGCACCAGCAAAGGAAGACCAGGCGAGCGCCACGGCCAGCGCUGCGCCGAAGGAACCAGCGAAAAAUUCUGCUGAGCCGACGGCCAAAAAAUCGGCUGCUGCGGAGCCGGAGAAGACUGCGAAGACGUCGUCCGCGAGGCACUGUGUAGUCACCAAGAAGAAGAAUGCCGGAGCGCAGAACGGCAACAAGACGAAGAAGUAA